AAAAAGGGUUUGCGAAAUGUGUAAUUAAGUCAAACUUGGGGGCUAAGUUUGUCCAGCACUGAGUACACACGGAUUCUCUUGUCUUUUCAUGGUGGCAGUGGCAGUGGCAGACAUCCUUCAUUAUUUUUCUUGCCUUUACCUUUCAACUUGGAAUUGUUUGAAUUGCAGUGAUCACUUGGUUGGAAGCAAACUCACAAGCAGAUAAUGAACCAACACACUUCACGCCUUCAUCCUCCACUGGUUGCUGGGGCAAGGAAUUUGUACCAGGAUCAAAGCAACGUAUCCAACCUGACAUAAAUCCAAAUGAGAAUGAGAGAAAACACACCUAGAGAAACGACAAGAGUUCAGCCUCCUCUUCUAUCUGGUCUUCCUGAUGAUCUUGCUAUUGCUUGUUUGAUUCGAGUACCCCGGAUUGAGCACAGGAAACUACAUUUAGUUUGCAAGAGAUGGCACCGCCUUCUGUCUGAAGACUUCUUUUAUUCACUCAGGAAAAGUCUUGGAAUGGCAGAAGAGUGGUUAUAUGUCAUCAAAGCAGACCGUGCUGGAAGAAUUUCAGUCCAUGCUUUUGAUCCCAUCUACCAACUAUGGCAACCCCUUCCCCCUGUUCCUGGAGAUUUUCCUGAAGCAAUGUGGGUUGGUAGUGCGGUUCUUAGUGGUUGCCAUCUAUACUUAUUUGGUGGAGUAGAUCUGGAAGGAUCUAGAUCUAUUAGACGUGUUAUUUUCUACAACGCCUGUACAAAUAAAUGGCAUAGGGCACCAGAUAUGCUGCAGAAACGUAAUCUGUUCCGUUCGUGUGUGAUAAAUAAUUGUCUUUUUGUGGCUGGUGGGGAACUUGAAGGAAUUCAAAUGACUCGAUCUGCUGAAGUUUAUGACCCCAGCCAGAACAGGUGGAGUUUUAUCUCAGAGAUGAGAACAUCCAUGGUGCCUUUGUUUGGUUUUGUUCACAAUGGAACAUGGUUUUUCAAGGGAAAUGAAAUUGGGAGUGGUAAUUCCAUGUGUGAAGCCUAUUCACCUGAAACUGAUACUUGGACCCCAGUUACUAAUGGAAUGGUCAAUGGAAGGGGUAAUGAUUGUAUCUCACUGAAUGGACAACUCUAUGCAUUAGGUUGCCCGGAUGGAUGCAAGCUCACUGUAUAUGAUAGAGCAACAGAUUCAUGGAAAAAGCUUAUUGAUAGCAAGCUUCACGUGGAUAAAUUUCCAUCUCUAGUAGCUGUUGCACCUGUUUCCCUUAAUGGAAAGCUCUGCAUUAUCCGCCACAAUAUGAGCAUCAGUUUAGUUGAUGUUUCAAGUCCUAACCAACAACUGGAAAGCAAUCCUCAGGACCUUUGGGAAAAUAUUGCUGGAAAAGCUCAGCACAUUCGCAGGUCUUUAGUUAGAAAGUUAUGGUCAACUAUAGCAAGGCGUGAUUUUUCCAAGAGUUGCAUUGUUUGCUGUCAGGUGCUACAAGCCUGAGAACAAAAUCUCCCCUGAUAAUAUUAGUUAUGCAGCUAAGGAGACUGGUCUCUUUGGAAAUUAAUUGAAAUAUGUUUAUCCACUUUCUUGCAAUGGACAUGUAGGAGAAAUUAUGCUUCUUCUUUAAGGUUAAUUGUAGAUUUUUGGCAAUAGAACCAAGUCUUUCCUAUACAAUCUUGAAUAGGUGGCAGACGUUGUAUAUGCUAAAUCUCUCUAAGGCCGUGCCUUUUCCUUUGUUACUAGAUAUUAAGUAUAGAGCUUUUUUCAAUAGAGAAGCUCUUAAAAGAGCUUCCAACCUUGUAUCCAAACAGGCUCUAGUUGGUUAGCAGAUAUAAAGAUUUGAUGUAAUCACUUUGAACUCACCUUACUCAUUCUACCUUCAGUUCUUUAUUGUUCCCCAGUUAUCUCUUCUCUGUUAGGGCUGAACCAUCAAUUCAAACAGCGGCUGUACAUUUAUAAGAUAACCUAAAGCUUCUGUUUC